UUCGUCAUUUCCAUAGCGUUUUCUUUCACAAUUGAACCUUGAGAGCGCAACAGGUUCCAGAGGGAUUGUCACAGUUUCCAACGAGGAACGCGAGAACGCGGAGUGAGCCAAUAUUCCUCGGUUCGGAAGUUGUGAUUGAGUCGUUCAAGUGGGCCAAGAGUAACUCCAAGGAUGUUUUCCCGUGAUCCAGAGACAAAUGACGCAUGGUCUUGGUGGUGCCAUUGGUGGUGCCAUUGAUGGUGCCAUUGUUGUUGUUCCUCGUCGUCGUUGAUGUUCCACAGCGAAGAUGCCAUUGUGAUUACAAAGAAGAUGGGGAUUAGGUUGGAGAGGGCCUCAAGUGUGAAUGGAGGAGAUGGACGACAAUCAAUCUUGGAUUGAUUAAUUGUGCGACUAGGCAGACUCUUGAAUGGUGGGCGGUGGAGAGCCAGCCAACAGCCAAGCGUCAAUUGCGGAAGUUAGGAUGGCAGCCACGACUAUGGAGGUGAUGGUGGUGAAUGUGCUCUCCCUCGAUUAUUAGAUUGGCACUCCUGCCGUUGCAAAGAAACUUUUGGGCGACAUCCAACUUUCCAACUUUCAAUCCCGGUAAGAGAGAAGUGGGCACCAACACAUACAACACACACACACAACAACCAAUGAUGUGACGAACGAAAAAUUUACACGAAGGGGAGAUUCCUUGCUUUUUUGAAGACGAACCAAGAGUUUCAGGAUGUUGGCGCCUUGGCCAGUUUUCAAUUGAAUCGCCGGAAAAGGCCGUGUCAUCUCUGGCCAGGAUAAUCAUAGUAAUCGCCUCAGCAUUGAUCCCUCUGAAGGGCCCACGAGGGCCAGACACGUCCUAGAAUAUCGCAGAGGGCAUACAUAAACAAACAUCAUAACAAGAAGAAGAAGGAGGAGGAGGACAAGGAGAAGGAGGGGGCUCUCUUAUCUCACCUUCACUUGCACGCACUUCGUGGAUUCUUUAUUUGAGCUUUAAAAAACUGACGAAAAAGGCAGCCAGAUUAGGCACUCUCCUAUCGAAGUGAAGCAACUUACGAGGCACAGUGAGUGAAUGAGUGACAAUUAAUUUGAGAUGUCUCAAACCGUGAGCUCGGUGCCAAUGGAGGAAGGUGAGAGCCCAUCGGGCGCCACCACCGGUGUGAACAAUCUCAAUCACGGCCAAUGGAAACAACAGGCCCAUGGAGCCGAGAAUGCCAUGGACCAGGCCCACCCAAGUGUGACCAAAGUGGUUGAAGAGAAAGUCAGAGGAAAUCCCUUCAAGGUUGGUCCACGUUAUACCAAUCUGAAGUUCUUGGGUGAGGGGGCCUACGGGUUUGUGGUGUCUGCUAUUGACAGUGUCACCGGAAACCAGGUGGCCAUCAAGAAAGUGACUCCUUUUGAGCAUCAAACCUUUUGUCAACGAACCUUGCGGGAGGUCAAAAUCUUGACAAGAUUCACCCAUGAGAACAUUGUAGAUCUUUUGGACAUCUUGUGUGAGGACCGCGUGGACAAGUUAAAGGAUCUGUACUUGGUCCAGAAGUACAUGGAGUGCGACCUCUUCAAGCUCCUACGCUCCCAACGGCUCAGCGACGACCACAUCUGCUACUUCCUCUAUCAGAUCUUGCGUGGACUCAAGUAUAUCCACUCUGCCAACGUCCUCCAUCGAGAUUUGAAGCCCUCCAAUUUGCUACUCAAUUCCAACUGUGACCUCAAGAUUUGUGACUUUGGUCUGUCACGCAUUGCGGACCCCGGCCAAGAUCACUCUUCCCCUUUGACCGAAUACGUGGCCACAAGGUGGUAUCGAGCACCAGAGGUCAUGCUCAACGCCAAGGGUUACACCAAAUCAAUGGACAUGUGGAGUGUGGGCUGCAUCCUCGCAGAGAUGAUCUCCAAUCGGCCGAUCUUUCCGGGCAAGAACUACCUCGAUCAGAUCAAACGAAUCCAAGAAGUACUGGGCUCGCCGUCUUUGCACGACACCGAGUUCAUCAAGAACCCCAAAGCCCGGACGUUUCUCUUGGAGCUGCCCAAGCGACCGCGGGUCGAAUGGAAAGUCACCUACCCCAAGGCCGGGCCUGAGCUUCUGAGCUUGCUGGACAAGCUGCUGACCUUCAAUCCGGAUCAACGAGUCACCGUCGAGCAAGCACUGGCUGAUGUGUAUCUGAAGCCCUACUACGACCCGACCGACGAGCCCACCUCCGAGACGCCCUUCAACGUCGACAUGGAGCUGGACGACGACCUUAAUACUGACCAAUUGCGGGAAAUGGUCUUUAUCGAAGUACAAAACUUCAAGCGGAGAGUCUUGAAGGAGACUCAUCUCUGAGCAGAUCCAAUACUGACUCUUGGCACAACUUUUCCUCCUUCCUUCUUCUUUCUCCUGGCCUUUGCCAAUGAAGGCCAAACCUUGACCCACUGGGUUACAAGGCUGUUGUUGGUAAGGAUUGUGCUGGAGUGGCGCGAGGUUGUUUAGAUGAAUGGAUGAUGGUCUUUAAGUAAUCCUUGGGCUGUUUCGGUCAGGUCUGCCGUCAUUUACCCACAAAGAAGAGGCAGAACGGAGCCCCUCGAAACGUAAGGCUCCCAAAGGAAUCCCAUCCUUCGUUCCAGUCCCUUGUUUCUCUUAGCUCUAGCAGCUGGGAAAUGAUAGUAAUAGUAAUAAUAAUAAUGAUCAUCCUCUAGGCACCACUCGCCCCUUGUCUAUUGUUUAUCUCGGUAUCCCGUCUUCAUACCCAAUGUUCUUUUAGCUCUGCCCGUUUCUUCCAUUUUAUCGCCACUACUAUUGUACUUGAGCGUGGUAUGCGCAAUGCUAAUACCACAAUCAAUAGUUUGACAAUAAUAGAGAAUAAAUCAAUGUACACCGUAAA